AUGGGUUUUGAACUGCCGGAGAUUUUUGUCAACGCGCCCUUCACGUGGGGGCCGCCGCCGAGUGAGAUUGAGAUGGACGGCAUGAAGGUGCGGCUUUACCAGAAGACCGACGCGAUCGCCCCAAGCGACUGGCUGGAGGCGAUGUUGGACCAGGCGAAUGAGACGAAGCAGUUCACCACCGUCAAGGACGAGAACCGUCUCAAGGCGCUGCGCAACCUGCACGCGAAGGAGCGCCGCCACGGCCCGGAGCGGCGGUUUGUCAAGCACUACCAAAACGCCCGCAGCCACUUUGCCAACAAAGCCAAACGGAACCUCACGCUCCUGCCUGACACGGUGAAAGUGCCGACGGACGUUCUUAUUUUUGCCGAGUUCACACAAGCGGAGUUGGCCAAGAUGCAAAACCUUCAGGACGCCCCGACGGUGACCGACAUCUCCCUUCAUAACCGUCCCUUGGUCUAUAACAAUGCCAUGGAGAAGGCAAGCUGCAAGACUCCCAUUCGACUCGAAGAAACUAAUAAAAGCGAAGAAUUUUUUGCGCGCUCGACCACCGUGGAAGACGGAACACUCCGCGAUAUUCUCAAGAAGGAAGCGGCUGGAACGCAUCCCAUUGUUGUGACAACCGAUGAGGUUCUUGCUCUCAUGAUGACGUGUAGUCGUGGUCUACACCCAUGGCAUCUUGAGAUUUUUCGUUACAACCGCAUGGUAUUUAUCUCGAAAACAGAGAAGAGCAAUGUCGAGGUGCAGUGGGUUGGAGAAACAGCCGAUACUUUGCGUCGUCCCGUUGAAAACGACCCCAACGAAUCGGAGCGCAUCACUAAUCUUGCGAAGGAGUCCACAAAAGCAUUUAACGCUUUUGUGGCACAGGCAUGCUUGAAAACGCGGUACCAAAUGAAGUGUGAAAAAAACCCCUUUCCUGAUACUCAACCUCGUUUAUACCGCUACCGACGAUUUGUUAUGCACGCUGAAACGGAUGAUCACUACGACAUAAUUGUUCGAUGCGAAAUUGAUGCGGUGCAAAACGACAAAUAUGUUCGCAUCUUUGGUCUUUUGGAGCAGUGUGCGGAUGGGGUUGAAAGUGAGUGGCGUAAGACGUUAGACUCCCAGGGAGCCAAGUGGAUUUCUGACGAAUACCGCAGAAACGCUCAGAAAAUGUCCCGUUGGGUUUGUCUCUGUCAUUUGUCAGGGACAUUGAUGAAGAUUGGCUUCUUGUCGCGCUCUUACAGGAGCAACGGGACGUUGGACCCGAAUAAGCACGAGGUUUUGGCCACGCACACGAAGGACCCCGGUCCACUUGCCGCCCAGCUGGGCAUCAAGGUAGGGAACAUGUGGGCCAUUGCGGACGCCAUCAUCAUGGCAUUCCUGAAGCAGCAGGAUCUCAGCGAGGCCCUUCUCGUGAAGAAGAGUGGUGGCCAAUCUAUUAUGCUCAUUGAGAAGAUGGAAGACGAGGAAGAGGAAGACGAUGAUGACGAUGACGAUGAUGACGGCGGUAGCAGCGACGGGGAUGUGUAA